AUGUGACCAAAUUUCGCGGGAAACAGGCUUUGUGUACACCUCGCCUGAGAGAAGUUGUGAUCUAUCGCCAUGGAUGUCGCUGAUCAGGCUGUUAGGACGAACCAAGUCAAAGAUCAAGUUGGAGAGAGAUGUCAAAAGUUAUUUCAGGACUUUCUAGAAGAGUUUGCGGUUGAUGGGGAGGCCAAGUAUCUGCCUGAAGUGCAAGAGCUCAUCCGCCCUGAGCGCAACACUCUCACUGUCAACUUUGAGGAUGUGGAGCGCUACAACCAACAGCUGGCGACAACCGUCCUGGAGGAAUACUACAGGGUGUACCCGUACUUGUGCCGGGCACUCAAGAACUACGCCAAGGACUGGGGCCAGAUCCCCCCAGCCAAGGAGUUCUAUGUCAGCUUCACCGAUGUCCCCACACGACUCAAAGUACGGGAGAUGACUACAGCCAAGAUCGGGACUAUGCUGCGGAUCACAGGUCAAGUCGUUAGAACCCACCCAGUCCAUCCAGAACUUGUGUCCGGAACAUUCAUGUGUCUGGACUGUAGAACUGUCAUGAAGGAUGUAGAGCAGCAGUUUAAAUACACACAGCCAACCAUUUGCCGGAAUCCAGUUUGCAACAACCGGACACGUUUCAUGCUGGAUGUGAACAAAUCUCGCUUCGUAGACUUCCAGAAAGUCCGGAUUCAGGAGACACAGGCGGAACUUCCCCGCGGAAGCAUCCCCAGAAGCGUGGAGGUGGUGUUACGAGCUGAAUCUGUGGAGUCGGCACAGGCCGGCGACCGCUGUGACUUCACCGGCACAUUGAUCGUGAUCCCAGACGUUGGCAGCAUGUCCGUCCCAGGUGCUCAAUCGGAGACGUCGUCACGGGUACGGGGUAAUGAUGGCUACGAGACCGAGGGUGUGCGUGGUCUGAAGGCACUCGGGGUGCGGGACCUCACGUACAGACUCUCCUUCCUGGCCUGCACUGUCACACAAAGCAACCCUAGGUUUGGUGGAAGAAACAUGGGAGAUGAGGAAAUGACGGCCGAGACCAUCAAGAAGCAGAUGACAGAUGAGGAAUGGCAGAAAGUCUACGAGAUGAGUCAAGAUAAAGCUCUGUACCAGAACCUCUGCUCUAGUCUCUUCCCAACAAUACACGGAAGUGACGAGAUAAAGCGAGGCAUUCUACUCAUGUUGUUUGGUGGGGUGCCAAAAGUGACAACUGAAGGCACAAACCUCCGUGGGGACAUCAAUAUCUGUGUUGUGGGUGACCCAAGUACCGCCAAGAGUCAGUUCCUGAAGCAAGUGGAAGACUUCAGCCCCCGCGCAGUGUACACCAGCGGGAAAGCCAGUAGUGCCGCCGGUCUCACAGCUGCAGUCGUCAAGGAUGAGGAGUCACAUGAGUUUGUGAUCGAGGCUGGCGCCCUGAUGCUGGCAGAUAAUGGCGUGUGUUGUAUUGACGAGUUUGACAAGAUGGACCCCAAGGAUCAGGUGGCCAUUCACGAGGCGAUGGAACAACAGACCAUCUCCAUCACCAAGGCUGGAGUCAGGGCGACACUCAAUGCAAGGACAUCAAUCUUAGCAGCAGCUAAUCCCAUUGGCGGCCGGUACGACCGGACUAAAUCCCUGAAGCAGAACAUCACCUUGACAGCCCCCAUCAUGUCAAGAUUUGACCUUUUCUUCGUCCUCGUUGACGAGUGCAAUGAGGUUGUGGACUACGCCAUCGCACGUCGGAUCGUGGACCUGCACAGUCACCUGGAAGAGUCAGUGGAGAGGGUGUACAGCGUGGAGGAGAUCACACGCUACCUCAUGUUUGCCCGACAGUUCAAGCCCAAGAUCAACAAGGAGUCCCAGGAGUACAUGAUAGAGGAGUACAAGCGCUUGCGGCAGCGCGACGGCACGGGGGCGGCCAAGUCGGCGUGGAGGAUCACCGUGAGGCAGCUGGAGAGUAUGAUCCGACUGUCGGAGGGCAUGGCCAGGAUGCACUGCCAAGACGAGGUGCAGCCAAAGCAUGUGAAGGAAGCGUUCCGGCUGCUGAACAAGUCCAUCAUCCGUGUCGAGCAGCCCGACAUCCAUCUGGAGGAGGAGCAGGCAGAGCAGGACAUGGAGGUUGAAGAGGAGUCUCAGCCUGUAAGUGAGGAGUCCACAACGCCAACGCCGGUGGAGCCGGCAGCGGCCCAGAAGAAGGGCCUGAAGCUGACGUACGAGGAGUACAAGCAGAUGGCCAACCUCAUGGUGCUGCAGAUGAAACGCAAGGAGGAAGAAGAGGUUCCCACAGCAGGUGGCGAGAGUGUUGGUCUGAGGAAGAGCGAGUUAAUCAGCUGGUACCUGGCAGAGAUGGAGGAAGAGAUCGAUUCGGAGGCUGAACUAAUGGAGAAGAAAACUAUAGCUGAGAAAGUUGUGGAGAGACUUGUGCAUCAUGAUCACGUUCUGAUUGAGCUUACACAGACUGGGAUGAAGCCCAAAUCGAAGCACGACACACAGGCCCUGAUCAGGGAGGAGGAUCCCAUCCUUGUGGUGCAUCCCAACUAUGUGGCCGACGUGUAGACGACUCCAUGGAUGGGGCGUGGACAGUCAUUGAAAGUGCAACCAAUUCUGAACAUUGACUUGUGCAGGGAUUAAUUUGAGGCAGACGGUGCCGAUUUGUGAGACUUUCACCCUUGGAAUAGAGGGAUGGAACUUGACAGGAAGUUGUAGAUAUGUUCCAUAAUGUACAGGUGGGCUCGUGUGAGCUGUGCAUCUAGGAGUGCUCCCCGACAGCAAGGGUAGUGAGGGGAUGUGAAGAAGAUGGAUCCAGCGACAGUUGCUCUCGAUGUCUCAAGACAACAUGGAUUGUUCUUGAAGACUUUGUAUAUAUCUGGCUCAUGUUCAUACAGAUCAUUUGCAAUAAAAUGGUCAUUCAAUA